AUGGCACGACUGAAUGAUGAAAAUCUCCCCGAUACGGAGGCUCAUGCCUCCGACCACAUUCUAAGCCCCCAGCCCUUUGCCCCUCCCAGCAAGGAGGUCCUCGCAGCGUCCCUCGAGACAGCCCACUUACCGAGCGACGCCGGAUCGACAACCGAUGACGGCCAAAUGUCGACGCAAAGCUACGAGUACAGUUCAUCUGGUUCUUCGACUCGACAUUCGACAAGUGAUAUAUUUGGACGGGAGAUGGACGAUGAGCUGGAGCAGAUGAAAUCGCGAGCAUCGAGUCGCUCUUCCUUUUCUUCUGUGCCAGCGUCAGUGCUUAUACAUCCUCUCGACCAUAUGAAGCAAAGGUCUACAAUGGGCGUUCACGAACAACUCGCCGCAUACUCGAUCGAAGAAGAUGAAGCAAACUUUGGUGGCUUUGAUAGACCGCCACAAUCGAUUCGGACGAUCCGACAACGAGAGGCUGCAUUUCGAAAACCGAGCUCUGUACGUGCUAUGCAAAUGCAUACGGAGGAUGAGGCGGAUGAGGAUGAAUUCUUGACUCCACCCCGACGUCGGCAGGGCAUGCGAUCACCCGGAACAUCGCCGCUGAAACGAUCGCCAUACUAUUCGCCCAAGACGUCACAAACCAAGCCGAGCGUUAAGAAGGAAUACCCGCUCGUACUACUGCACUGUACAUUACUCGCUCCGUCUCUACCCGUCCCCGGUGCAUCCGAGCUGCAGAAACAGAAGAUUGUCGAGGAGGUGUUGCCACCGCAAUACUGGAAGCGAUGGCGCAGACUCCAAGACAAGGUUGGUUCUGGUGUUCUCCGUGAUCGAGGCGUGUUGAUCUCUCACCCCGAAGAUCUAUACGAUAUCCUGGAGGAACGACUCUUGGAGAGUCUGGAACUACAGCGUCCGCUCGUGCACCGGGGUCAUUUCAUCGGUCACGAAGAAGCUGAUCCUGGUUCCGAGGGCGAAGUCUCAGAUAGGGAGGAGAGCGAGACGGACGGUGAGCAAGGCGAUGAAUGUCCCGAUUGUGGCGGGAGAGUCUUUCAUCAAAGAGACACCAACCGCAAAUGGGAGAUUAGGGUGUACGCGGCGAAUGGACUCAUGCGUGCUGGCGCUUGGGCUGCAGCAUGGAAGGAAAUGGAGAAGGUAGAUGUCGAGGUUGGCGUCUGGCUGCCGUCGGAUAUACGUCGUACCCUGGAGAAACGACUCGCAGAGGAGCAAAUGGCUGUGUCUACGGAACAUGUUCACCCCGCCAUGUCAUUCAACGAUGCAGAGAAGCUGGGCAUGGACCCACGUCGUUUAUCUGUUCAAACACACUCCAGGACGUUCAGUGAUGCUGGCUCUUUCCGGAGUAGCGGACCCCCCAUCCAAUCUCAACUCGAGGAUAAGCAACCGGACUUGCCGCAAGUCAAUCAGGAAUAUGAAAUUGCCCUGCGGACACUCUUGAUCAACUACAUUCGCGUCUUGGCUGGUGACAGACGCAAUGUUGCGCUAGUCUUUAUGAGUAUCCUGGUUAUAUUCCUUGCUGUCGGGUUUCAUCCGCACAACAAACAGCUUCAGGAUGUCUUGCAUUUGUUUACUCAUGAGGAAUUUGCUGAAGCACCUGUGGCGCCGAAGGUGGACGUGAAGAUAGAUGUGCCCGCUUUGUUGGUGACUUCUUCAAGCGCUAGUUUUCUGGAGUGCAUUAUUCCCACUUCGAGCGUGGUUGCUUCGAUGCCAGUAGCCGAAUUGGCUGCCCCGACCCACGUUCAUGAUGAAGUUAUUUCGUCUUCCAAAAUCGCCAACAUCGAAACCCCGAGCUCCGAUCCUGAGCCAACUCCUGAGGCUGAGCCGCUGGAAGAAGUUCUUGAUGAAGAAAUGCUCGAGGAAAAGACGUACGAAGAAGAGGCUCAUGAGGAGGAGACCCACAAGGAGGAGACUCACGAGGAGGAAGCCCACGAGGAAGAGACUUAUGAGGAAGACAAGGAUGAGGAAGACAAGGAUGAGGAAGACAAGGAUGAGGACGAGCUUCGUGAGGAAGAGGUUCCGGUGGAGCUUCAUAAAGAAUCGCAAACGCAGCCCCUCGAGGUUGGUGAAAAGAUCUCCUCCGGCGAAACCGAACCUGUUGAGUCUGUGGCGGAACCUCAUGCCGCUGAACCUGAAGCUCAUUCCGACCUCAAGGAAUAA